GUUGUUCCUGUUGGUCUCUUUGGCUUCCCUCUUUUAUAUAAAGGUCUCACUUUGCUUUUAUCUCUCUAUCUCUCAAGAUAGAGAGACAAAACGAGACGAUUCAAAAAGAGAGACAGAGAGAAAUGAGAACAAGGAGAGGGCUUUGUUAUCCUAGAGCAGAUGUUUCUUUUGAUAAGAGGUUAGUGAAGAGAAGAAAAGGAGGAGAUUUAACCGUCACCGCCACCACCACCGCUACUGCUACUGCCGCCGGUGAACAAAUGUUUUCCGGGAAAAGGCGGAGGUUAUCUCCUGAUAUUGCUGGAGAGACUGACUUGUUUGAUUCUUUGCCUGAUGAUCUUGUCAUGUCUAUUCUCUGCAAGCUGAGCUCCUCCGCCUCUUGUCCUUCCGAUUUUAUUAACGUUCUGAUAACAUGUAAGAGAUUAAAUGGUUUAGGCCUUCAUUCUCUGGUUCUAUCUAAAGCUUCUCAAAAAAGCUUCGCUAUUAAGGCCAAGGACUGGUCCGAUUCCGCUCAUCGAUUUUUGAAACUCUGUGCCGAUGCCGGAAAUGUUGAAGCUUGUUAUACUCUUGGCAUGAUUCGGUUCUACUGUUUACAAAACAGAGGGAGUGGAGCUUCUCUAAUGGCCAAAGCAGCGAUUAGCUCGCACGCGCCGGCACUCUAUUCUCUUGCGGUUAUGCAGUUCAAUGGCAGCGGCGGCUCUAAGAACGACAAGGACCUACGAGCCGGGGUGGCGUUGUGUGCGCGAGCUGCUUUUCUAGGCCAUAUCGACGCCCUUCGUGAACUUGGCCAUUGCCUACAGGACGGUUACGGCGUCCGUCAAAACGUCGCCGAGGGACGCCGUUUCCUUGUCCAAGCAAAUGCUCGGGAGUUAGCCGCUGUGCUUUCUAACCCUAAUUCAGGUCUUAAUAAUCGUGCCUGGCUUACUUGGAACCCACACGCUCACCCCAACCACAGGCAUGCAAGUGGUCCUGGAUGUCCUUUGUUGAGCGACUUUGGGUGUAAUGUUCCGGCUCCAGAGGCACACCCAGCGAGCCGGUUCAUGGCCGAGUGGUUCGCUGCACGUGGCGGAACGCCGGGUCCGGGGCUCCGAUUAUGCUCUCAUGUCGGAUGCGGAAGACCGGAAACUAGAAAACAUGAGUUCCGAAGAUGUUCCGUUUGUGGAGCUGUCAAUUACUGCUCACGCGCGUGUCAAGCGCUUGAUUGGAAACUUAGGCACAAGGAGGAGUGUGCUCCUGUUGUGCGGUGGGUAGACGAGGACGAUGAGGUUGGCAAUGGUGAAGCUGGUGGUGAAGGAAACCAAAACGUCGUCGCUGGUAGCUAAUAAUGAUAGCGCAACUUCGGAGACUGACGGUAACGGCAGAUGCGCAGAUGUGAUUACUAACGGCUGGAUAACGGAAAAUGAUGAUAGCUAGACCAUUUUGAGUUGAAGUCUAAAUUUAAACUUCUACUCUGGUCGUUAAAUUAGCAACAGAAGAUUUGUUCCUCUUGUUUGUAUAGAGGGGUACCUUUUUUUAGGUUAAAAUUAUUUUUUUUUUCUUUUUAAUUUAAAUUGUAGAAGAUGGAUUCCAAAGGGGCUUUUAGUGUAUGUGUCCUUAACCGGCUGCAUUAAGGUGCAGGUGACUUUUCCUAGUGGCUGAGUUGCAAGGAUGCUUUUCGUUUUUCUUUUUUUUUACUCUAAAAUUUUCUGCCUUUUUCUCUGCGUUAGAGUCGGCUAAAUUUGGUUAAGUUUCAAAAAAAUGCAAAUUCUGGCAAUUUUCUGUCC